CCAUGGGUCUAUGCUUAUACCUCCCGGUCUCGAUGCAGCACAACUGAUAUAAGGUCAAAGGUUAAUAUGUUGGGAAAACCCGGUUCUAUUUCUAGAGCUUCACAAACACGAAACAUUGUUCUACGGUAUACAGGCUUGUACAUUAAUUACUAUCUAAGUGGUUGAUACAUGUAUAUGGAGUUAGCAGUAUCAUCCUAUCUAUUUCAAGCUAAACAUGGCUAAUCUGCGAAACACUACGUCGUUAAUGGCAGAAGAAACGAAGACUGAACCAUGUUUACAAAGUCUGGUGUGUCUACUGUGUCUUGACAUGAUCAACGAUGCUACAGCCCUUUCUUGCGGACACACAUUCUGCAGAAUGUGCUUGGAAAGGUACGAUGGAUCCUUUCCAAACAAGGACCAUCUCAUAUGCCCUCAAUGCAAAGAGCUCACACAGUUAUCCGAAAAUCGCAUCAAAGACCUUCCUUCCAGUCCUGUCGUCAAUGGACUCAUCGACGAGUAUGACGGCCAUGGUGGAGAGGUUAAUGCCAUCAUUGCGACUCGUCUGAAGUGCACUGCUUGUCAAUUUCAUGGAGAAGUCAUGUGUUUGUGCAGUUCAUGCAACAAACACAUGUGUGAAAAAUGCCUGGAAUGUCAUCAACAUUUGAACGUCUUUAGAGGCCACACAGUAAUUUCCGUUGAGGAAAUGAUAUUGUAUGGCGGAAGUUUAACAAGUUGGCAGGAUCCAUCUAGGUUUUGCUCGACACACGUAUCAGAAAGUAAAAACAUCUUCUGCGAGAAUUGUGCCCGAUACAUUUGUCUAAAGUGCGUAAUCGACCACCGUGAUCAUACGCUAAAACAGAGAGAUCACUUCGAGGGUGAGCUGCAGAAGAAAGUUAAUAACCUCAGUCAGCGCACUGCGAUGAAGAAAGCACAGCUGCAGAAAAAUAUAAAAUGCACUGCGUUGCAACGACCAAAAGUACGUAUCUCCUUGGGGAAACUCAGACAAGCUGUUAAUGAUGAGUACCACGAGAAGGCCACGCAGCUGAAAGUAAACCACCAAGUUCUCGUUGAGGAAAUAGAUGCGUUAGAGCAAGAUUUGGUUGAAGAUCUCAACUCCCUGAAAGAGAGUGAUCGGCAGAGAAUCAGAAGUAUGUGCAGCGCGAUAUCUUUGGUUAGCAGUUGCAGACUCGGUUGUCUUGAGACGAACAGUCUGUCUACUCAUACCUUGCUCUGCGAGGAGUUAGAGAACAUGAUGCAGAAUGGUGAAGAUAAAACUUCUCUGGCAGCAGUUGCCGAAAAGGCACUGAACACGACAUUUCAGCCAUCAGGAGAUAGUAACACACUAACACUUGGCGACAUAACAACACUGAAUGCACUCCACAAGUACAGCCAGUUAAACAUCACGAGGUGUGUCAAUCUGUUGGGCAAGGUGUGGGGCAUUACAACAUUUUCGAGGGAGAGCAUCGCCAUAGGAUACUGGGGUGAUCACCAUGGCAUUGACAUCAUUGAUUCAGCAGGGAAUACGAAGCGGUAUACCAGAAUCCCGCCGGGUACAGAGUGUCGCGACCUGGUGUUUCAAGAAGACGGUACAUUGUACGCAUCGACUGGCGAGAAAGAAGUGCGCAUGUAUUCCGCUAAGGGUUAUUGGGAAUCCACGAUAACCAUCGCAAGUGUUGGAUACGUCCUGGCGUUAAACAGGAGCCCGUCGGAUGAAAUAAUCAUCGUUAACGGUACAAACAACGUAUACAUUUACGACUCGACCGGCAGCAAGGUAAAACACACCGUCCAAACAAAGCACGGUGUAACGCUUCAAGCAUCUGCGACAAGUUCUGGUCUGAUCGUCGCAAGUUGUUCCCGUAGCAGAGAACUGGAUGUAGUGGUCGUGUACGACAGGGAUGGUAACGCUGGGAAGCCUGUAGAAGCUCCAAAGAAUGUCUGUCUUUACGCUGCUGUGGACCGGGAAGACAGGGUGUAUGUGGCAGGCGUUGACUGUGAGUCUGGUAAAGUGAAGAUCAUUUGUUAUGCUCUUGAUGGCUUGGAGCUUAAGGAGAUGGUAAACUUUAAGGAAUCGAGCCUAGUUCUUCUGCAGCAUGGAUGGUGUUGCCUUGUGUCUCUGUCUCGAGAUAAGCUUGCCUUUGCCUGUGAUGAUAAACUCUACUUUAUAACCGUUAAUGAUAAUUAUGGUUGAGUGACUCAGAUACUUCAAGUUCGUUAAUAUUGUAACGUGAGGUGUGCGUCAAUGAUCAUUUUGUAUCUGUCUUUUCU